AUGGCUUCUCAAUCUGGUGUUCGAAAAAGGCAUUUAAAUGAAAGACCAGCUGGUAGUAUUUCUCCAGAUGAAAGCGCUUUCGACGAAACCAGACACAAAGUAUUUGUCUGUAUCUUUCUCCUUACUGGUAUGGCGUUAUUAGGAUAUUAUGGAUUUUAUGUAAAUAAUGAUCGCAAUGCAUCUGACAUGGAUCUGCAACCUAAACUUCGAACGUGCAUUGGAAUCAUUUCAAAAGAGAUCGGUAGGGAUUGGCGAAAACUUGGUGAAGCGUUAAACUUCAGCGAAAAUAAUUUGCAAGAGUUCGAUAAAGAAACGUCUCACUUUACCAGAGCUUCUAAAAUGCUAAAACAAUGGCAACAAAGAGGCGAUUCGAUGACUGCAACACUGAAUAAUCUAAUACAAGCCUUAAGAAGCGCAUCUAAGGCUGGAUUGGCUGAAAAAUGUGAAAAUCUGUAGAAUAUAGAUCCAAUCCUUCUGUUGAUCAUCAAAUGUAGUUUACAGUUAGUUGUAACCAACGAAAUAUUCGUAGUAUAUGUACUGUAUUAACUUUAAUAAAAGCUUAACAUUUAUAAUGUCAUU